AUGGCUUUAAAGGCGAGAGUUCUGUACGACUUCCACUCGGAAAACCCUGGGGAGAUCUCCAUUUGUGAGAACGAGCUGGUCACUUUGUUCAGCGAGGAGGAGCUGGAGGGCUGGCUGGAGGGAGAAAACAGCCGAGGGGAGAGUGGCCUGGUCCCGGCGUCUUAUGUGGAAAUCAUCCGAGACCAGAUCACCACCACCACCACCUCCACCACAACCACCAACAAUAACAACGGCGUGUCUUCACCCAAAUCCAGCACCAGCUAUUCCUCCUUUGCGUCUCCAGAGUCCCAGCGAGGAGGUGGUGGGAAUAAUGGAGGGAUAGGGGGAGGCAGUGGGAGUGGGAGUUGCGGGGGAAGCUUCCACACCAGCCAGGGCAGUGACGACGACUGGGACGAUGACUGGGAUGACACUUCACCUGCUUCUGCGCAUCCACCGACUUUAGGCACCACGCCCCCGCUUUACCCGGUCACCACGUCCCUACCAGCGCGCAGAAGCAGCAGUCAGUCACAUCAGCAGCAUCAUCAGCAGCAUCAGCAAGCCAAGAGCACAGCCACAGUAGGAAGGAACUUGAACAGGUUUUCCACUUUUGUCAAAUCCGGAGGGGAGGCCUUUCUGCUGGGACAGGCUAGUGCGCUGGUGAGGGAUGGGGAGAGGAUCUGUGUGGUGAUGGGGAAGCAUGGGCCCGAGUGGCAGGAGGACCCCUAUCCAUUUACCUCCACGAUUGAUGAUCCGACCAAGCAGACAAAGUUCAAAGGCAUGAAGAGCUACAUGUCAUAUGGGCUGACUCCAACACACACCAAUGUGCAAGUCAACCGCAGGUAUAAACAUUUUGACUGGCUGUACGCCCGUCUGGUGGAGCGGUUCCCUGUCAUUUCGGUUCCACACCUGCCGGAGAAGCAGGCCACUGGGCGCUUUGAGGAAGACUUCAUAUCAAAGAGAAGGAAGGGGUUGAUUUGGUGGAUGAAUCACAUGACCAGUCAUCCAGUGUUGGCGCAAUGUGACGUGUUCCAGCACUUUUUGACCUGUGGACCCGACGAGAAGGCCUGGAAGAUGGGCAAGAGGAAGGCAGAGAGGGACGAUCUGGUGGGGGCCAACUUCUUCCUUACAAUCAGCCCGCCCGAGAUUCCUCUUGACCUGCAGGAAGUGGAGAGUAAAGUGGAGGGCUUCAAGACAUUCACCAAGCGAAUGGACGAGAACAUUAUUGUCGUGAACACUACCAUCAAUGAGUUUGGCCGGAAGCAGAUCACCGGCUUCAAGAAGGAGUACCAGAAAGUGGGACAGUCCUUCAAAGUGCUGUCCCAGGCCUUUGAACUGGACCAGCAGGCGUACUCGGCCGGUCUCAACAAAGCGAUCGCCUACACCGGAGAGGCUUACGAAAACAUCGGGGAGUUCUUUGCCGAGCAGCCCAGACACGACCUCGACCCGAUAUCUGACCUGCUGGACAUCUACAGAGGUCAUCUAGCCAACUUCCCCGACAUUGUGGAUGUGCAGAAAGGUGCUCUGACCAAGGUGAAGGACUGUCCUCAGCAGGACACACCUCUGCACGAGCGCUGUAACAUCAUCUCUUGUGCGACGCUGGCUGAGAUCCAGCACUUCCAUCGCACACGAGUACGAGACUUCCGCUCGCAGAUGCAGCACCACCUCCAGCAGCAGAUCGUCUUCUUCCGAAAGAUCACGGCCAAACUGGAGGACGCACUGCAGAGAUAUGACGAGCAGUAA